AGCGCAGUUUGGUUCCGGAUGUAAACAUACACAGCACCGUGCGCUCAUGGAGCUUGCUGUCACGUCCGAAGAUUCAGCUCUGGCAAAUGUCAGGUCGUCGAUUACUUCUACCCGUGAACUAAUAUUGUUUAAUACAUUUCCACCAUAUACCAUCGUGUCACCAUACUCUGGUUCGUGAUAAGACGUUGAUGCCACGGAUCCGCUGAUCACCAUGUCACAAUUCCGUGUGGGACUGCGCCUCGUCGUCCUCAUGUGCAGUCUGGCUGCACUUGUACGGACAGAAGAGGAAUGGCUUGACCCCUACGAUAUGUUGAACUACGAUGCAGGCACGAAAACGAUGAAAAAACAAUCAGAGCCAACAACGUAUCCCAACGUUCCCACUAAAAGAAGGGAACAUGCCGCAGAAGAUAUGGAUUGUAGCAGUCAAGUUUCAGCGUUAAAAACAGAGGUUGAAGAUCUGCGGAAGAGCAUUGCAUCUAUUUCACAGCAGCCCGCAUGCAGCCCUGUUUUUAGGAGAUUCCUGACCAGAUUUCUGAAGCUGAUCGAGAAAGUUGGCUUGCCCACCGACAACGCGGACAGCUUCUAUAACGCUAAAGUGAAAGUCACCAGACAGGGUGUCACAGAGAUCCAGAAGUUUCUGGCGUCGGGUGAGAUCUGGCAGCAAGGGGCAAUGGACGACGUGCUCAGCCAACUGUUGAUAGACGUGAAACCUUUGGACUUCGAGGCCUGGAAGUGGCGUUUUGAGGACGUCUUCGGAGUGGAAAUUGAUACUGUCUUGAAAGUGUUUCUCUGCGUCCUCGUCAUAGCGGCGGUCAUCUGCACUCAGCUGUGGGCCGUGGUCUCCUGGUUCGUCCAGUUCAAACGGAUGUUCGCAGUCUGUUUCCUCGUCAGCAUUGUGUGGAACUGGUUCUACCUGUACAAGAUUGAAUUUGCCCAGCACCAGAGCCGACUCGCGAAGAUGGACACGGCGUACGAGAAAUGCACUGGAAUGAAGAAAAUCGACUGGACUGAUAAUUUAAAAGAAUGGUACAGGACUACCUGGACUCUGCAGGAUGACCCCUGCAAUGAGUAUUAUAAAGACCUCAUGGUCAGUCCAUUCCUACUGGUGCCUCCAUCGAAGGCCUUCUCAGUCACCAUCACCACCUUCUUCACAGAGCCCCUGAAGCACAUCGGCCAGGGCAUCAGUGAGUUCCUCCGUGCCCUCCUGAAGGACCUGCCCAUCACCCUGCAGUUACCCGUCCUCAUCACCAUCGUGCUCUCUAUCCUGGUGGUCAUGUAUGGAGGGGUGCAGGCAAUGUUCCAGCACGGUAUAACGGGACCCCUGCGUCUUCGGGACCCUCCCCUCCCUCCAGCUGGGGCUCAGCCACAACUUGCCCAGUGUCAACCCGCUCAGCCACCACCGGCCCAGGUUCAACCCGCGCAGCCACCCCCGGCCUAUCUUACGACCCCGGAGCCUCAAGGAGCUGGAGACGCCCCACUGCAGCGGCGGCGGGUGCGAGGUGCUGAUGGCGCCGUGCGUCGUCGGAGAGUCCAGAGACCCAGAGGGGCGGAGGCGGCCGCAGUCGCAGCCCCCCCCAGGGUGCCCGUGGAGACCCUGGGAGACGAGGGUUACAGCCACGACGAGACGGACGUCAUGGAGCCGUCGGUGCCUCACGCCCCGGGGGACGGGGAUUCAGAAGAGUAUGAGGGGGAGGAGGUGGACGAGGCGGACGAGGAGGAGUCGCUACGAGGGGCCACGCCGAGGACUGUAGCUCACGGUGCUACCAAACAAGCUGAGGCCGAGGCUAAACCCUCGGACCCCAAGCCGACCGUGCCCCGAGCCAAACGGCAGGACAAUGUGUCGCAGGGUGGCAGAGGAGUUAUAACGGAUGACCGCAAUCCAGCCGGACUACCAGGAGCUACAAGAGAACAGGUGAUUUCCAAUGGCCCCGUUGGUCGCGUCGUGUCACUAGGGGCUGGAUCCGCUUCCAGCUCAAAUGCGGGGAGACGCCUGUCGGGUGAAUGUGCGCGGCCUGCCCGAGAGCAGGCUGCGUCAUCGUAAGCCCUGCAUGUGGUUAUGAACCAAGCCUUCGUAUCAAAUUGAAGAAUUUUAGACAAUACAGUAACUGCGUGCAUGAGACUUUUCGCCAUGGACAAAGUAUUACAAGAGUUCUAUUAUUUUGUUGUCAACACGCUUCAGCAUUGUACAGAUGGGUUGAAAAAAAUCCUAAUCUCGAUUAUUUUGGUCUAUAUUGAGAUCACGCUUAUUCAAACUAUUAAUUUUGAGUUUGAAAACAUGAUGCAUUUACUUCAACUUCCCCUUAAAAAAAUAAACACAAAAUGUUCAAAUAGAAAAUAAUGUACAAAUAUGUAUCCAGCGGUUAUACAAUUUCUAUAAAACAUUUAAUAAUGAAUGAAAAAAAUUGUUUAAACUCAAUUAUUUUAGUUUGUUGAUCAGUUAACCCAAAAAAUAUUUUUUUUUAUUAAUUAUUCCACAUCAUCAUCCAUUUGUGUGGAAAUCUUCUGUCUGCAUAUGUACUAUGUGUUUUUGUAUCACAUGUUAAUAAAUGUAUAUUUCCAUUCUACUCAUUA